AUGCUUGAUUACGGCGAGCGUGGCGGCGAUGCCGAUCACCAUGUGGAGUGGAAUCAACACUCCUCUCUGGGAGCGGGAGGCAGGAUAGCUGUUCUCAUCACGUUCUUGGUGCUAGGAGCUGCAGUGCUUCUUCCUUUCAACACUCUCAUAACACCGACUGAAUACUAUCGGAGCAUUCUAUCCAGUAGUCACGCGGCUACGAAUUUCAUGAGCUGGGUCCUCCUCGUCUUUAAUGCCGGGACGAUCAUCUUCGGAGCUCAUGCCGUGGUAUCGCUCCAUAAGACAACACCAGCACAACGCAUAUAUUUUGCGUCCACCUCCAUCUUUUUGGGUCUCCUUCUGUAUACAUUCUUCACUACGCGGUCUUCUGCAGAAGCAGACGGAAAGAUCCAAGAUCUCUAUUUCGCUCUCCUCAUCCUCGUCACCUUCAGUGUGGCUGCCAGCACUGCAUAUCUACAGAACGCUGUGGUCAGCCUCUGCUCCAUCUUUGGCGGCAGGGCAAUGGGCGUCAUGCUAACAGGUCAGGGCGUUAUUGGGGUCGCCAUCUCCUUCGUACAGCUCGUUGCUGCAUACGGCAACAGUAGACUGCCUCCGAAAGGCACUCACGGAGGCGUACCACCGGCUACCCCUCCCCCACCUGGAUCCAUGCAACCCGGUGGCGAAGAGGCUGCCUCAAGAGCAGCGACAAUCUUCUUUGCUUCCUCGACCUUCUUUGUGGCACUUUCGAUAGCAGCCUUCAUUUGGCUUGCCAGGUCCAAGGUUUAUCGCGAUACAUGCCGAGGGUACGAGGUAGCAACACAGUCCAGUGGCGUACGCGAAGCAUCGUUGGAACCUAUGACCCAGGUCAAGCCUGCGUUUCUAUCAUCUUUCGUCGAAAAGCUCCCUCCUGCAGCUCGAGCCAAUGCUCACCAGAUCCUAGACGUCCAGAGCAAAGUACUGGUCAGAGCUACUUGCAUCCUCGUCAACUUUGCAAUCACCCUUUCCGUCUUCCCCGCGCUGACGGCUAGAGUGAGGAGUACUGCUCCUCGAGACCAACAGUGGGCGACACCAUUAGUCUUCAUUGCACUGCACUUCCUCAUCCUCAAUUCGGCGGAUUUGCUCGGUAGGAUGGCACCUAUGGUGCGGGGCUGCCUCAUCCGCUCAGAGAAAUUGACAGUCCUGGGGACAGCUCUCCGGAUAGUCUUCAUCCCGCUUUUCUUUGCCUGCAACAUUCACCUCGACGGGCCAGGUCCCAAAGGAGCCCUACCCGAUUGGGCUUUCUUCACCAUCCUAUUCUUCUUUGGCCUGUCGAAUGGUCUGGUCGCUACGAGUAUCUUCAUCGUGGGGCCUGCGAGCAGCAAAUUGACCAGUGACUCAGAGAGGGCCAUGGCGGGGGCUGUGCUCAGUUUCUGGCUCACUCUUGGUCUGGCCGUCGGAAGCAUCGGAAGCUUCGCCAUUACUGCUAUGAUCUAA